AUGGGAAUGUCAAAACAGGAGAAACAAAGCAAUAUAAAGAUACUUACCCUCUCUCAGAAUUUACAGUCCAACCAGCAAGGUAACUCCUUGUUGAUCAUAUUCAUCUGGAUAGAGCACAGUCUACAUGAACCUAUGUACCUCUUCCUGGCCAUGUUGGCUAUGUCAGAUAUUUUGCUCUCCAGCGCUAUCAUGCCCAAGAUGAUGGAAAUUUUUUGGUUCCAGGAUAGAGUCAUACCUUUCCAGACUUGCAUUACCCAGAUGUUCUUUGUUUUUGUCAUCUUUAUCAUGGAGUCCACAGUUCUUCUUGCCAUGGCAUUUGACCGCUAUGUGGCCAUCUGCUAUCCAUUGAGAUACACCAUGAUUCUGACCCCCUCUGUGAUCAAAAAAAUUGUGGGAUUUUCUGUGGCCAGAGGCCUGAUCCUCAGUGCCCCUUUUGUCUUCCUAGUUGAGCAGCUGCCAUUCUGUGGAAAUAACAUCAUUGCAGACACUUAUUGUGCAGAAGCUAAGAUUUCUACAAUGGCCUGUGGAGAUAAAACAGCCAUUAAUAUUUAUACACUAGUGUUGUGCUUCUUAUCCACAGGCUUAGAUGUCAUCCUCAUCUCCAUCUCUUACACUUUUAUUCUCCGAGCUGUCUUCAGACUCCCAUCUCGUGAUGCCCAACUCAAGGCUCUGGGCACCUGCAGUUCACAUGUCUGUGUCAUCCUCAUGUUCUACCUACCAGCUUACCUGACAUUGCUGAUAAGUCACUUGCACUGUGCAGUCCUGCUGACUAAUCUCUAUGUGGUUGUACCCCCUGCACUGAACCCCAUUAUAUAUGGUGUCAGGACUAAACAAAUCCGGGAUCAUAUCAUACGCAGGUUCUCCCAUUGGACAGGGCAUGCUUAG